AUGGAUUUGAAAGAGAAGGUUUUGAGUGACGAAGAAAAUGGCUUAAACACAUCUCAAUAUUCGGAUGAUGAUUCUACUUUACCAUUUAGUACAGAUUCUGAAGAUGAAAAAGAUUAUUUAAAAAGUCUCGAGCAAAAGAAUAUACCUUCAUCAAAAUUUACUUGUAUCAAAAGAAAAUACUUAAAAUUUAAUCCCGGAUCAAAAGAGUUGAUGAUAGAAAGAUCAUUGCAAGAUAGAAAAAUUGUAAAGAUCGGUGAAGUAUGGUUUUCUCAUCCUAUGUAUGAUGAUCGGUCAUCACCAGAAGACUCUUCUUCAGAUGAUGAACGAAGUGUGAAUAAUAAAAAUAUCUCUUAUAAACAGAAUCAUAUUGAAUCCCUUUCAAAUAUUAUGGAUUUAAUAGUAGGAACAUCCGAAGAGUCAGAACAAUUUGAUGAAUUAUAUCAAGCGAAAGAAGCUAUGGAAAUAGAUUCUAAAUCUUCAUGGAAUAUUGUAAAAACAUCCGAUGAAGAAUCAGAUCAAAUCGAUGAACUUCAUCAAGAGAUUGAAGGUAGUAAUUCUAAUUCAUUUAAAAAGGAGUUUCUAAAUGACAGGGAAAGGUUAUUAAUAUGA